AUGAGGGCGGCGGGGCAUCGUCUCACCGGUCUCCGCUUCCGUCAUCUCUCCCCCCGACCUCUGGAUUUUCUGUGCUUCAUUGGAAUGGAAUCUCGAGCUGCCAUUUCCACGGAGGUCUGUUGUCUGAGAUUCCAUGAUUCAUAAGUAUCUCUCCGUUUCUUUCGGCCGCAGGGGACGGCCCGGGCCUCUUACUCCCCAGCGCUUCGCGAGUAGUCGUGAGAGCCGAGUCUCCGGUCUCCGCGUCUGCCGUUUCAUGUUAUUGUCAUUGGUGCUGUUCUGAUAUUUCAGGGGACGUUUCUGCUAAAUAGAGAUGACCUCGAGUUUUUGCCAUGGUUGCGACGGAAGUCUGGUCGAGAAAUUUCAUCAGUGCUGUCCAUUGGAUGCUCAACUUAUGGGAGGUAUUGUAAUCAUUUUUAACUUCAUUAAGCGCUCGUAUGUGUCUUAUGGGAUUAAAUGAAAGUGAUUUUUAAUACAGUAUUACACCCUUGUUCAUGCACGGUUUUCUGGUUCUGGCUGUAUAUGUGUGACUGCUUUCCUCGAUCAUAUAUGAUCAUUUUCAUUUCCUCAUUUUUAAUUUAUUCCAUAAACUUUGGACCAGUUGUGCAGAAAUUUAUCUAUAUUACAUGUUAAAAAUAAUAAUGAUGUUUUCCUGUUCAAAUUUCAAUUCUGUAUCUAAUCUUCCAUUGCUUUCCCCAGUAAAACUUUCUAGAAGACUCGAUGGGUGAUAUGUAUGGUCGAGUCAAAUGGCCCAUUAUCUUAGAUAAUAUGAGCUUAUCCAGAAGAGGUUUUUUUUUUUUUUUUUCUCACAUGCCCAGCUGCUUUGUUUUUCCUUGUUUGUUGGAUUGAUAGCUUGUUGAUCUACAAGAUGACCCUCAAAUUGAUUUGUUACUUUUUGCUUGGGACCCAGCGGGUGUUCACUUGACACGUUUUUCUUUAUGCAGGUCACUAUUUUCAUCUAGGUACAUAGACGCUGGAGAAUGCAUUUUGAGUGUUCCCUACAGUGUUGUAUGUCUACCUUUCUUUCCAAAUAACUGUUUUUGUGCCUCGCAUAUUCAAAUACCUUUAAAAUAAAUAUUCUGAAGCUUUUAAGUAUUUUUUUCAGCAGAUAACACCAGAUAACAUCCCUUCUUUUCUGAAACCUCUUAUUGCCAAUGAUGUUGGAGACAUAGGACGCCUUGCCAUUGUCCUUCUGGCUGAAAGGAGAAGAGGUCAGGUACUAAAUGAUUAGGCUGUGGUUGUCUGCCCAUUAAUAUAUUCUUUUGAUUGAGGUAAUUCGUUUUGUUUAAUGAUAUCUUUGUAUGAUUCAUAUUGUGUGGCAUUAAUAAAGUUUAUGUUCACUUGUUGGUUCGUCUCACAACUGCAGGAUUCUGAAUGGGCACUCUAUUUCAGCAGCCUACCAUACAUUGAUGAUAUGCAUUGUUUGGUAAAUUUUUAUUUUUAAGUUUGCUAAAGUCUCUUUAUAAUUUUUUUAUGAUGCACACACUUUUAUUCUGGUGACACACAAAUCUAACAGAAUUUUAAUGGUGAUCUUUCCAUUUGAGGAGUUAUAGACCUUUACAGUACUUUAUGCUCGUUGAGAGAUGCCAGUCACAUCAACAUUCUCAGUUGUUGCUAGGCCAAACUUCCUCAUUCUGACAAUGGCAGCCUAAGAAUUUUUGUGAAAGACAAAGUUAGGAAUGAAUGAAAAACUAAUUUCAAAAGUCACCAUUUACCUUAUUAGAGAAGGAUAGGAAAGGUUUUUUUACCUGGUUUAUUGGUAUUCUUCUCACAUGAUUAAACUUUAAGAAUAAAAGAAGAACUUUACACAAUUUUCUUAUUACCUAUCUCUUCUCAUAAUACUGUUAUUUCUGGUUGAGCUUUUUAGAUCAGUUAAGGUCUGAUAUAGGCAUAAAUUGGUUAGUUGCUGAUUGAAGGUCUAUUAUGAACGUUUGCAGAUAUUUUGGAGAAAUGAUGAAUUGGAAAUGAUUCGAUCAAGCCUGAUAUACGAGGAAGCCCUUCAUCAGCGUAUUUGCAUUGAAAAUGAAUUUUUAGCUGUUAAACCGGUAUGUAUUUUGGUGUGAAGUAUGUUUUUCCUUGUUUAGUGUAACUUUAGCUUCGAAUCAUACCAUCUCUGAAUGAAAUGUUGGACUGACUUUGUAUGUUGCCUUAUUCUAUGCAGGUAAUUUUUUUAUAUAUUUAACAUAAUGUUAAGAAUUGUUGAGAAGAGUCUCAGUAAUCUCUUAGCGCCACCUUUGUAUCUUGCCUCCAGACCAAUAAUAUCUGUAGAUCAGUCUUAGGCUGGGGCAAGUUGAGAGAAAUAUUUCUCUCCAUCAUGCACAUCCCAACCUAGGCUUUCUGUGGUUCUUCUUCUUCUUCGUCUUCCUCUGAUUAAACUUUCUGGGUUUCUUCGACAAAAAAUAAUAGCAGAUCAACUUUCAGUCAUUGCACUUGCAUAGCCUUUCCUUAGGAAUAUAAUUUCAUGAUUCCCUCUUCAUUGUAUGGAAUCAAUCUCUUCUAGGAUGCAUUUCUUCUGCUGGGACUUUGUUGUGUUGUUUUCUCUUUGUAUAUCAGUUCAUAUCUUUCUUCUUUGUAAGAACCAUUGUCUGUUGAAACUUCUGUUGAGAAAUAUGAUUCCAUGCUAUUGGGUUCUUUUUACGGAGCCAUUGCUUUCUUAGAUGUGUUUCCUCAUGGUGGGGUUUUUAAUUUGGGUUGUCUUUAUUCUCGAUUGCAUCUCACUUUCUUCAUGGAAGAGCCAUCUUUUGCAUUUAGUGUGUUUAUUCUGGAUUUUGAUCAUCUCACACUCUCCUUGCUGGUGAAUGAAGUUAAAAUAAUGUCAAAACUCUGAUCUCUUACGUAUAGAGCCUUGUACAUUGAAUUGGAGCGGCUGUACAGACUCCUGUAAGCUGAAUCAGAACUUCUAUAUUUUUUGAUAGGCGGAACGCUGUCAGUGUUUACUCUGGCUGAGUUAAAAUAAAAUAUCUUGGCUUCUCUGCUGUAUUAGGAUGGGUACCUGAGAUGUGAUUUUUUAUUCAUAAAUAUAUCUUAACGAAAGUUUACUUCGCUUGGAUUGACAACACUCUGGGUACAAGAUUACUUGCCUGCUAGUGAGAAGAUAAGAUAAUGAUGGAACUGUUGAAUAAUGAAAACUGUUGUAUUACGAUAUGAUAUCGAACUUUCAUUUAAAUACUUUGUAUUUGUUUACCAAUUUCCAGCUCCGUCCAUUCCUCCCUUCGGUUUCCUUAUGUUAGAUCGUGAAUCUUCCUCAGCUCCUCUCUCUCUUCCUCCCCCCCCCCCAAGUUGUGUGUUUUUGUGCCUGUAUCCUCUCCCCCGUUGAAUCAGCAGUGACGGUUUUCCUUUUGAUAAUAAAACUUAUAUGCUCUGUUUUUUCAGGUGUUAGACCACUUUUCAGAAUUUUUUGGAGACAUUUCAUUGAAGAGUUUCAUGCAUGCUUAUGCAUUAGGUGUGGGUCUUCUGCUUCCUCUGUUAAUUUUUAUUCACUCCAGUGCUUGCUGCAAUUUUUUUGUGUUUCAUUUCCUUCUGAUCUACCUUGGUUCAUGCACAGUUCCUGGGAAGGCUUCUGCUGCCGCUGGUUAUUUAAUUCAUGAAACUCAUGUAGUUCUAAGCCCCAUCAUAUCUGAAAAUUCUCUUUGUUUCUAUAGGCUGUUAAUGAUGUUAAAUUGGAACGUGAUAUAGUCUGGAAGUGGUCUAAUUAGAUCCUUCAGAUUCGCAUCUAUCUGACCUUUCUGGUGAUCCUAGAGCUUUCUACAGCUGAAAAUGAGUUGGUGCAAUCCCAAAAACGGUCCAUGUGAAUUGCCUAUUUUAACGUGGACCUUCAUCAGCUGGAAUCAGCUGAAAUAAAUGCAUUUUUCUCCCCUAGUGAUUUUGGUUAAUCCUUUUCCCCUGAGAUAUCUAAUGCAGUUAAAAUUGAGAGCACCCCUUCCACCUGUCAAACUCUUCAACAGUGAAGAGGUUAAAAACAGAAGAUGACAUGUGCUUUAAUUAUGAAAAAGUGACCAGUUUUUCGUACCCAGUCUUGAUUAUUCUGGAAAUUGUCUUGUGAUUGAAGUUCUAUUGGACAAGGAAGCUUAUUUUGUUAGGCGACCUCGUAAUUUUUUUUCUGUAUGUGCGUACAGAACCACAAGAAUGAAUCUUUGGUACAAUUUUAUUUUGUUAGAUGGGGUAGACCAUGAAAUUCUCAUCAUGAUCAGAAGUUUGGAGAGUUCUUGUGUAUGCAUCGGUAUGGUUGCUGACGAGUUAAGUCUUCAUUCUAAGUCUUCAUACUGUAAGACUGAUGAGUAUCUAUCAUCAUAUAUAUAUAUUUUUUGGUUGAAGAUGACCCAUGUUGUUGGAUAGAGGGCUCUGAUUCUCAAGCAUUUUUUUUUUCGUACAAAAGUUUGUGAUGCAAACUGCGAGAUUUUUAAAUUAUAUUUUAUUGUAACUAGAUUUUUGAGAUUUUCUGGACUUCUAGUUUCCUCAUAUUCUUCUAUGCAUAGUUGAGAUUUAUAACGUGUUUUUUAUCAAAAGAUCACGCAUGACAUUCAUGAUCAUGUUGAGUUCAAUGUUAGCUGAUUCUUUUGUACCCCUAGUGCAAUAUUUUAUUUUAUUUUAUAUCGUUUAGUGUAUUUCUUUGUUUCAGUAUCAUGAAAUCCGCUUCAUUCCAGUUCUAUUGUUUCCAUUUUUGUCCCCCAAGUUUCUUGUGAACUAUGAAUAAAUUAUUCUUUAAACCUGCAGUUGGAUCACGUGCAUGGGGAACCUCGAAGGGCUUAUCUUUGGUAUCGAUCUCUUCAAACUAAUAUCUAUUAAUAGCAUCACUUUGAUUGUUUCUAUUUUAUGUGAACAAUACUAUAAUCUAAACCAGAUUCUAGAUCCCAUUUGCAGAUUUUCUAAAUCACGAUGGGAAUUCAGAGAAUGUCUUGAUGGAUGACGAAGAUAAUGAAACCUCUGUGGUAUGUCAUGGAUUUUAUCACUUCCAAAGUUAUCUCCAAGGUGCCCUAGAAGUACCAUGUGAUUAUAUGUCUGUCUAGUGGAGCGUAUUAUCGAAUUUCUAGUAAUGUUACAUCAUUCAUCUGAGUUUAUUAUUAAUUCAUAUACAUAUCGCAUGAAUUAUCAUUCCUUUAUUAACAAGCUACUGUUAUGCCUUUUUUUGCUUGUGGAUUAAGUCUAGGUAAUUUCUGGACGAGAUUAUGCUGCAGGCGAACAGGUUGGCUAUGAUCUUCUUUACUUGUACUAUUUUUCUCUUAUUUAUUCUCAACGUCUCAAGUAUCUUAGCGUACUAUCUUGAAUAGUUGCUUUUUCAGUUGUGGAUUUCUCUAUCUGAUAAAUGUAGUAGCCGACGACAUCAAAUUUGUUUUCCCUCGAUAGUUUUCAUUUUACAGUGGUGGAGAAAAGUUAUUCAAACCAUAUGAUUUAUUAGUGUAUCGAGAAGGGCAACUAAUUUCUAACAAUCAAAUGCUUCUCUUGAUUUAGUUUCUUACUUGUUGUUCUUUCUGAGGAUCAAUCAACUCGCUAAGGAGGAAAUAAGUCGUGAUCUCCAAAUGGCGGGUCUAUAUGUGGAGAAAUGUGUAGAUAUUCUUAGAUUUUUGGUUAGGACUUCUGAGUGAAUUAUUUUUCCAAGCUCAUUCACAUUAUCCUACGCUGUAAAAUAAAAGAAAUCUAGACGAGGGUCCCUGAAAACUGAAGGCUAGAGGCUGGUAUAAUUUAUUUAAGUAGAUCUUUGUUCCAUCUGCGUCACUGGUUGCCACGGAAACAAAUCUGAUGCUUGGCGUGCAGGAGCGAAUGUAGAAGGAUGAGAUACAGUGCCUCGGAUGGAUCGUUUCUUUCUCCUGGAAAUUGAACUCGUUUGUCUUUGUUUGAGUUUCAAUUUGUUUCUUUACGCCUACUUGUCUUCUCUACUUGCCUCGAAGUCUUUGAGAUGUGUAAUUUCGCCAUUUAUUUAAUUUAUUGUGGUGGCUUAGUAUAAUACCCAUUGUGGAUAGACAUAACAGAGGGUGGUUGACCAAUUCGAUGGCCUGUCAUUUUUGGGCUUAUAUCAUUAUCAUCAGGGAGCAGUUUUUAUCUCUAUUGGAUUUCUUUGCAGCUGGACCCUUUACUCCUAUGAUUUUUAAAUACCCUUUUGACCUUGGUUUAUUGGACUCAUUUCUUGUCACAGAGUCCUUAUACAUUCUUAGUUCAUUCAAAACGUUGGAACCCCUUCCUGCGCAUAAUCUCUUCUCUGUGAUUGUGUACCUUUGAGCUUCACUGUUGUUUCUUUAAUUGAUUUUUAUGCCUCUCACGGGAGAUUUUCUUCCUCAAAUCAACUUUGGUAGCUGUGGGCAAUUUAGUUGAACUGUUGCUGCGACCUACGUUGAAUUCAUUUGUGGAUGUUAACAAGAUGUUGAUUUAUUCAUCUACUUUGUGCUCUUGCGCGAUUAUUCCAUCAAUCCUUCAGAAUUGGAUGAGGCAUCUUGACUCUAUCAGUUGUGGUGGCAGUUCGUUUUUCAUUGUCUGUGUUUUUUGGAAUAAGAAUGGUUCUUUUGGUUUUAUUAUAUUUGUGUUCGCGAAAGAAAAAAGUAAGUUUUUUAUGUGGUUUCAGGUUCUGAUACGAUAUGGGAAGUUUCCUAAUGCCACACUCUUGUUGGAUUUUGGCUUUACACUUCCAGAAAACAUGUAUGACCAGGUAUGAAGCUCUUCUGCCACCAAUGUUUGCCACAACACCUGGUACUAUGACACUAAUGUGAAAUUUUCAUAUUGACGAAUUAUAUGCCAGAGAAGUAACAUAAAAUGAAGCAGUGGAGAGGCUUGGUUCUAGUUCAACCAAAACGUAAUAAUCUUUUGCUGCUUCUUGCAUCUCAAGCAGUUGACAUUUUGUUUAGUGGUCUAAUAAAUCAUACUUUAUCUGCCUAUUGCAAAAAACGAAGUUGUGAAGAGAGUUAUGUGCAGUAAUGGUUGAUAUGGAGAAGACAUCGAACGAUUGAUUCAUGGACAUUUACGGUUUUGGAUAAAACCUGGAACCUUUGUGAAUUUUCUGGUUCCUACUGGGAAGCAUGCUUAUUGAAAUGAAUUUUAAGAAGUCAAGGAAGUAUGGAUAUUUGAAAAGGUCCAAUAUGCUUUCAGAAGUUUCAUAUAAGAGUAGAGGCAUCUCAUUAGGCAACUAAGAAAUAUACUCAAGAGUUUAUUAAGGACUAAUCGGCGUCGCCUAUCAACAUUUCACCCAAGAAAAGCUGUCUGACCGGACUUUGCUUCUCGGUAACAAGAAGUAAUCAACGGAGGAAUCAGCUUCAUCAGAAAGCUCCGAAUCAUCAUCUCCCAAUCCAAGCUCCGAAGCAAAAAAUAAUCAAGGAUUGAUAGAAAAUGUUUGAACCCAGAAAGAAAGAUCUCAGAAAUGUGUUUAGAUUCUAAUGCUGAUGUUUUGAAAACCGGAUUAGUGUGCCACUAAGGCCGUUUUUAGAUAAAGAAUAGUAGUUUAAAGGAGCAUGGAUUUUAAUCAGUGUGAAAUUAAACCUAUCCACAUUAUAUAGGGUAGGGUUUGCUGUGGUUUUUAAAUUCUAACCCAGAUUGGGCUGAGUUCUCCUGAAAUUGGAAUCUUAUCUGAUUGCCCAGUCAUCAAGGUUUGAUCCAGCCAAAUAAAUUGACCGAAAGAGAAAUCCGGGUUCUGGUAGAAACUGGUAAACGUACAUUUAUAAAGUGAGUCUAUCACUAUCUUUGUGAUGAAUGCCAUCAAUAAAAAAUAAAAAAAAUCAAAAAGGAAAUUUAGGAAAAGUAGCGUGCAUUUUUUUGGGGGGACAGUGAUAGCGCUAUAUAUGCGCUGACUAUUAAGAAGACAGGCAAUGUAGUGGCCGCUUGCAAAUUCAACGUCAACCUGCGCAAUGAGAAUUAGCUGAUUCCGGUCUUCUUUUUGUAAAUUUAUCUGCACAUGUCUCAGCAAUCUCAGUAUCUGCAUAUGAAUCCUCUACUUUCCACAGAAAACAGGAAAAACAAAACUGAUCACGUUUGCCAUAAUCAUUCUGCUUACAUGUUAUUGGGUCCAUAUUUGCUCUGCGAGCUCUGCCAACCAUGACAAGGUGACGUGUAUGUAGGUCCACAUUUCGAUGGAUGUACCACUGGAUGAUCCUCUGUAUACAACGAAGGUGGAGCUUUUGCAGAAACAUUGCAUGCCAAGAAUAGCAAAUGCCAACACUAAUAAAUCUGCAAGCGGCUCCUUCACAAUCAAGUUAGUAUAUACUAUAAACUUCGUAUUUUCUCUCUUUUUUCUAUCAGAAACCAGAAAUACGCCCAUUGGUCCUUCAUUGAAGAUUUGUUACCACAUGUGUGAUCCUGAGAAACAACUUGAAGCCUUACAAUGCGGUCGAAUAAUAAAUGCAGUGGCUCUCAACUCUGUUCUUGUUCACACUGGACUGAACGACAAGGUCUGUAGCAUGACUGCUGAUCCAGCUAUAAUAUGGAACCCGGGGUUACCAGUGGUUUUACCGAUAACUAUUUAAAAUGUUAACAAAUUAUCCUGUAGCACCUCACUACACGUACAGAAAGAAAAAAGACAAUCUUCCGGAUACUUUGCUAAUGGACAAGUCUGAAAUGUAUACUCUUCUGAGAAUGUUCCACUUCAGCUAUCCUCAGCAACUGAUCUGAUGAUGACCAUAGCCUUCGCAGCUGUCUGUAAGGGUCUUGCUGGCGUUGCUAAGCUGCUAGUUGUUUAAAUGAGAUGAACCCUUCAUUUGGUUAAUGCUGGUGUUCAAUCAGUCUGUUUGGUCAUUAAAAUUUAUAGUUCUCUAGCACCUUCGAUCCCAUAAGUAGAAACUCUAAUUUCCAUAGAAGUGAAUGGGUGCUCACACAAUUUCAUGUUCAUUAGUUGAAACUCUACAUUUUUCAUAACGAGAGACUCUAAUUUUUCAUUUAAAAUGUAUGAAGCGGUUUCAAAUCCAUGAAGGUUCAUUAUGUUCCAUCAGCUUCAAGCCCAAGUGGAAAUUUUAAGCUUUCAUGAAGUUAAUACUGUUCUUGCAGCUUUACUCCAUAACCAGAAAGUUUCCAUGAAAAUGUUCCUGCGUUCAAGCAGCUUUGACUCAAUAGCCAGAGUUUGUCUGGUGUUCAGACAAAUUCAGUCCCCUAAAUUCCCUGAUUUUUUCAAUCUCUUGCAGAGAAGUUAGAUCCACUCAUGGAACGGGGAAGGGCAUCCCACCGUCCCUCCGGGCAUUCGCGAGAGUUUUGUCUGCAAAAUCGCCAGAAGGUUCUAGUCUCUUCCCCUGUCCUCUGUUCCUGGAGCUCCUCCCAUUGCCAUCCAGGUUGAAUUCUGACUGUGAACGAUGGCGUCUUCAGAACUCGAAGAGAUGCGCGUUGAAGCUUCUGAGAAUGAUGGCCGACUUGCUCGACGCCCUUUGAGUAGCAGAAGCAGAGAGAUUGAGGCCCAUCGCAUCUUAAUCUCCCAGAUUGCGCCCAUGAUUCAGAGCCAUAAUGCUUCAAUUGAGGUAAAUAUCAUGCUUCAAUCUUGAGAUCUUGUCCGCUUAAAGCACCAGUUUAGGAAACCAGACUGAUCUGGAUGCCAGCCAGAUAGAUAUUCGCUUGAAAUAGGGGGAAAAAAAAAGAGUCAACGAUUCGGAGCUAUGAUGCAUCACUUGUGGUAGAUACAGUCAGAUAAUCACUUGAAAUGGAAGAAUCAGAGCCCAACAUAUCUAAACCUCACCCAAAAAUAUCCAUGAUCCAAGAAUCAAGAAUCAAUCUGUUUGCCCAAGAAUAGCUUCGGCACUAUUUUUUAUGAGCCUUCCAAGCGCACAUCUGAUUGGCAUCCAGAUUAAAUAGCUUCCGAAUUUCGAUCAAGAACUCCGAAUCUUAUUAUCCCAGAAUUGUGAGCGGCGUCUCUCUGUUUUAUACCCUCUGAAGGUCGGUCUGAGAUUACCUCUAAGAACCCUAGAUCUGACUGUGCGUACUCACGGAGCUUCAAUCUUUUCAUCUUUGAUUUUUUUCUUCUUUUUUUUUCACGUAGAAAGAGGUCAAGAGCCACUCUUUAGUCUUCUUACCGUUGUUCAUUUACUUAUUUAUUUAUUUACAGAGCUUGGAUGUGCUGCAGUCGCUCAAGUCCCUGGCCCGUGUUCGUAAUGGCUCUCAACGACCUUGCAGAAUAG